AUGGACUUCCUCAAGAACGCGGCCCAGGAGAUCUCCAAGGCCAGCGGCAACCAGAACCGCGGCAACGGUCAGUCCGGCCAAAACACCACCUCCGACAACUCGUACGGCUCGUCCAACAACACCGGCAACCGGUACGGCCAGGACAACGAGAACAGCAGCAGCAACAACAACAACAGCAGCUAUGGCGGAAACAGCCGCAACGAGGACCGCGAGAGCAACCGGUUCGGCGGCGGUAACGACCGCUUGAACGACAACUCCUCCUCCGGUGCCGGCUACGGCGGCCGCGUCAACAACAGCAGCCGCAACGACAACGACGACGACAACAACAACUCGUCGUCGUACGGCGGUUUCGGACAAGCCGACAACUCGGGCUCGGGUCGCCGUCAGGACAAUGACAGCUAUAACAACGAGCGCCGCGAGGAGGGCCGCACGUCGUAUGGCCGCGACAACGACAACGACCGCACCAACCAGGGCGGUUUCGCCGGUGAUAACCGGCGCGAGAAUGAGAGCAACAGGCUCGGCAGCCGCCGCGAUGACGACGAGAGCGAGAACAAGUUUGGCGGUAGCGGUAGCAACAGGGAUGACAACAACCGCACCAACAACAGCAACAACAACAACAACAGCAGCUUCAAUAGCAGCAGCGGCAACAACCGUGACGACAACGAGCAGAGGGCUGGCGGCGGCACCGGCAACUGGCAAGGUAUCGGCCGUGAUGCUAAGACGGCGUACACCAACUUCCAAGGCAAGAAGGACGGCAACGGCCCGGACUACAAGGAGCUCGGAGGAGUGGCCCAGAACGCGUACAAGGCGUACCAGGGUGAUGAUAAGAAGGAUAUCAACGAUAUCGGCAGGAACAUUGCGUCUGGGUUCAUGGGUAGGAAGGACUGA